AUGAAGUUAUUCGUGACCCUUCCAAUAGUCCUAUUAUUCACGGGUUUUGCUUACGCCGACGAUGGAUGUUCAGGCUUGCCUCUAGGCUUUUGCAAGGUAAGCAAUACCAAAGAUAUAGCUACUACAAACAAUGGCUAACAAUAGACAAACAGGGAAAGAAAGGAAGACCCAAUGGCGUUAGGGUAAGUAGCGACAGACCCUAAGGUUCCCUAAUUGAAAAUGAUCAACUAACACUCCUCAGUGCUCAAGUCAAAAUAACGCCCCAGGUGGCAACUUCAAAGGUUGCUCGCUUAUAGAGCAAGACCCUAAAACUAAGGAUAACAAGUGGUGUGUAAGUAUACAUCUGAACUUGCCGCAAAAUAUAACAUGGGAUUAACGAGCCUUAGUGUGAUACGUUUGGUAAUUUAUAAGUUCAAGAAUGUUCAAGAUUUCAGCAGAAGGCUACUUCAGCCUAUUGGGUACUCCUUGGGAGGUUGAGUCUAAGAUAUUGUGA